AUGAUCGGGAACAUGCUUAUUACCAUUAAUCGAUACUCGGCUGUUUGUCUCACGAAUAAAUACGAUGUGAUUUGGACCAGGAAGUGUGUCUUGGCAGUAGUUGUCGUCCAGUACCUCGUUUCGUUUGCUGCUUUCAUCCAUCUCACUGGAGCGAAAAUGAUAUAUACUCACCAUGAGGAUGGAACGGUUGCGUGUGAUGGGCUCGAAAAACACGUCGAUCUUAUAGUUAGAUCUACAUUCGUAGUGGCAUGCGUGAUCUACGCCACAGUAUGCCUCAGUUUUAAUACCAAGCUGCUCGUUGAAUUGAAUCGAUUAUCGAAAUCUCAUAACUGGGAGCACACGCACCAUGAGAAGUAUUUCUGGAUAAACGACGUCAUGGUCAGUCUACCUCCGUUUUCAUUAUUAUUGCUUUCUUCGGAUCUUCGUCUGGAAAUUUUCAACUUCUUUCGGUGGAGGAGGCAUAACAGUGUUGCGAAUUUGCAUGUAUCUGCUUCCGCUCCUAGUAGUAAAAGAUCUGAGUUGUGA